CAGACCAGACUGAAAAAAAGGGCAGGGAGUGCAGUGGAGCAGGCAGAAAGCAGCCCAGCAGACUCUGAGGCAAACUCUCUGCGCAUUGACUAGUUGGAGCAGUGAGCAGCACCUGAGCGGCGUCAGGCAUCUGCUACCUGUUGAGUUUAUUAUGGAAGCAGACAGGAGAGACUAAUUCUUCAAGGAGAAGCAUCAAAAGAGCAGUUCUGGACCUUAGACUAAUUGAUUUAAGUGCAGUCCUUGCAGUUUUUUGAAACCUUUUUUUUUAAAUUUUUUUUAAGGAAACUGAUUUCUUUGGAUCUUGCACCACUUUGUUGCAUCCUGGAACUUCUUCUCAGUGCAAAAACCAGCAGGAGGGAAAAAAGAGAACUUAACCAUCCAUCUCCAGCGGCUCUCACAGCCCACCCUCUCUGCUUUGGACACCCCUCCUCUCUCUCUCUCUUUCUCACUUUCUUCUCCUCUUUUGCCCCCUGUGCCCUCCCUCAAACACCUCACCUCCCCCCCAACAGAGCAGAAAGCGUGAAAAAUCUCACUAAUGGCUUUAUUUGCUGUCAGUUCUGUGCCGCUCUGUCAUUCCCCUGGACCAUUCUGCUUCACACAUUUCAUAGUUGAGUAAGCCUCCUCGGCUGUCUGGCUAGACUUAGCAGUGCCCCUGCAAAGGCUGUGCUGGCUUGGAGCUCAUCAAGAGGGGAGGAAACACAGCAGCACCACUCAGUCUGAGAACUUUGUGGACAAGGACAUUCAGAAACUUAAUUCCUCACGUGUUUUUUUUAGCCUUUUGCAUCUUCACCUUCUGUCAAAAACCACUUCUGGUCCUCAACUUCUCUGCAAGAUUUUCCUGAGGUGCCUUGGUGCUGAUUUGAAGUGUGAAGAUGAGGUGUGGAUGUGGCUCUCUGGCAGUGGUGGCUGCCGUGUUUUGGACUCAGUGCUUUCUUCUGGACGGGGUGGAAGCCAGGAAGGAGCGAAAGAGGCCAAAGGAGGCCGCGCCGCAACACACAGAGGCGUACAAUGUGACUCUGUCCAACAGCGAGGAGGUCAGCGGAGGCAUCAAGACUUCUGAUCACCAACGGGUGGAUCCACUAGGGUCAUGGAUGGAUUUUGUCAAGCGACCAGUUGGAAACCUCCCCAGAAAGUGCCGCAAACGCAGACCAGCUCUGCCUGGACCACCGGGUCCUCCGGGUCCACCGGGCCCCCAAGGACCUCCUGGCUUUCCAGGGGCUGAAGUGACCCAGGAAGUUCUUUUGCAGGAGUUCAAAGACAUGAUUAAAGAGGCUACAGAAAGGAGGGCAGUGGCACUUGACAGGCAAACAAGCCCCAGCCAGCAACCUACAGCCCUCCUGACACUGGAGGGAAUGGCCUCCCACCGCCGAAUACAAGAAGCUUUCCACUGCAAGCUCAAGGGACCGGUGGUGGUGGACAAGAAGACGCUGGUGGAGCUCCAGAACUUUCAGACACCGCCUGCUAAAGGAGCUUUCCUCAGGGGAAAAGGAAUGGACCAAUCAACAGGGAGGUUCACAGCCCAAAUCACUGGGAUAUACCAGUUCUCUGCUAAUGUCCACAUCGAUCACAAUGAGGUGAAGAGGAGCAAAAGUCAGCUUAAAGCCAGAGACAACGUCCGUGUGUUGAUCUGCAUCGAAUCACUCUGCCACAGAUACACUUCACUUGAAAUGAUCGUUGGAUUAGAAAGCAACAGCAAGAUAUUCACUGUGAAUGUUCAGGGUCUGCUGGAGCUACAGGUUGGCCAAUACACUUCCAUAUAUGUGGAUAACGCAGCUGGUGCUUCCAUUACAAUACAAAACGGUUCGGAUUUCAUGGGCAUACUGCUUGGUGAAUAGCCUCACACUGGAAAAGGGCAUCCCCAAGCCAUCCAUGGUGUCUUAUGGUUCUUUGUAUCUUUGAAUGAACUGCCAUGACACAAGACAAAAACCACCAGGGACUUUUGAAGGAAAGAUGAGUGGCUAAUAUUGACUUUACUGCCCAUCAGAUGGUGAAAGGACACUGUGAAGAACUUCAAGGCUGAGUUUGUUUUUCACAAUGCACUGCCACUUCCAUGGGGAACCUGGAUGCAUGCUGCCUCAUGUAUGAAAUAACCUGAACAUGAAAUGGAGAUUAUGUUUGCAUCAAUAUAUUCUUGAGGCUUUUUUGAGAUCUUUGCAGUAAACCAAACAUUAUUCUUGUUCACUGUUGUUCGUGGAAAAGCUAAAGAACAUGAAAUAUCACAGUCAUCUGUUUAAUAUAUAUUGAUAUGUAAUUGUUUUGUCUACAGUAUUUGUCAUUUACACACUUGUGAGAUGGUAUUUGUUUUUGGAUUUAAAUUCACAAUUUUAUAUAAAUAUAUGUAUAUUAUAUAGUACAUAGACUCUGUGAGUACACUGGAUGAUUGAUGCUGGAUAGGCCUCAUACUUUGGCAUCAUACAGACAUUAGAAAAACUAAGUACACCCAUAUAAUUCAAUAAUUUGCAGAACCCCAUAUUUCUUGUAAUUGAAAAGCUAGUAGCAGCAAUAAUUCAGUUUUUUUAAUGUAUUGCCACUUUGUCCACUCUGCUUUAUAACAUUUCUUCAGUCUGUUGAGUUUUGUGGCCAAUCAUUUAUCUCUCAAGGCCUUGAUCACUUUCUUUUUCAGGUCUUCUGUAGUUGUGUUUGGGGGCAUUUGCAUGUUAAUGUGUCAGACAGAUGGUUUUACAUUUGGCUGCAAAAUAUUUUGGCAUAGAGAGGAGUUCAUGGUCAGCUUAAUAUUUACAAGGUUCCUAGUUUAUGCAGAAAAAGCCCAAAACAUCCAUCCAUUCAUCCAUCCAUUUUCUUUACACCCUUGUCCUAUAAUGGGGUUGGGAGAGUUGCUGGUGCC